AGUUCCCAAAUACCAAAAUAGUCGGGGUUUUCGACUACAGAAGCCAAGAUGAGCUGACACUCUGAAUUAUGAAUAUUUGGGGGGCGAUCAUUAGACUUUAUUUCACUGUGAGAAGUAACAAAAAAUGAUCCUGCGGCCUGCCGGAGCGUCUCAUCCGUCUCUCAGGCUGGAGGCUGCCUCCUCACUCAAACGCAGACAGCUUCGUUUCUCUUAGGAAAAAAAAUGCCUCUGUUUAUUAACCGGGACCAAAUAUUUGCACAUCAGGUACAUCUUCUGGAGCACAAACUCAGGAGUAAAGAAGAGCGAAUACUGGAGCUGGAGACAGAGAAUGCUAUUCUUCAUUUAAGACUUGCAGAGUGUCUGGGGAAACUACGUCGGGACCAUGAAGGGGAGACCAAGGCUCUGAACCAUCAUCAGCACCAGAGUGAUGCACAGAAUAUAACCCGGACAGCCCUUGCCAGCCUCCUGACUGAGGUCCAGGCUGUGAAGCAGGACCUGAGUGAGGUGUGUGCAGUGUAUAUGAGUUUUGCCACUGAUUUGGAGGAGCAGAGCAAACAGCUACUGAAGAAGGUAAAGCAAGCCAGCUCCUCCCUAAAUGGUCACCGUGGAGAUGAGGUUCAGAACUUGCAGGAUCGUGUUGCAGCUCUGGAGCGAGCUCUGGAAGAGGAGAAGGUGAGGUGCAGGUCAGAGAGGCAGAGGAGGAAAGAACUUCACAACACACUGGUGGAGAUGAGAGGUAACAUCAGGGUUCACUGCAGGGUGCGACCAGUUCUACCCUUUGACCACGUCCAGUCCUCAACCUUCGGAUCAGGGCCUGCUUCAUCAGAGGAGGUGGUCUAUGCAAUCAGUGAUGACACAGUGAUGGUGAAUUGCCUGAAGACAGGGAUGCCAGUGCAAAACAAGAUGUUUGAGUUCGAGAGGGUGCAUGGACCAGAAGAUUCCCAGGAUGCUGUGUUUGAGGAAGUCAGACCACUCCUUACGUCCCUGCUGGACGGCUAUAAUGUUUGUAUCAUGGCAUACGGACAGACAGGCAGUGGGAAGACUCACACCAUGAUUGGAUCCCAGCCACUGGAGGAGCACUCAAGGACGCAGCAGGAGGCACAGCAGGGUAUUAUCCCCAAGGCUGCUGCUGAGCUGUUCCGGCUGAUCUCUGAGAAGCCUGAAGAGAGCCACACUGUGGAGGUGUCAGUGAUGGAAGUGUACAACAAUGAGGUGUUCGACCUGCUGGCCAGGGAUGAGCAUGGGAAUGCCGCCGGCCAACGCAGGGACGUCAUCACCACCUCCUCUGGUACCAGCCAGGUCACCUCCCUUACAUACGAGCCUGUGUGUAACGCCUCUGAGGUGAUGCAGAUCAUCAGCAGCGUUCUGAAACUCAGGGCUCACUGUCCCACCCUUGUCCAUACUGACUCGUCACGCUCUCACCUCAUUGUAACCCUCACCAUUUCCUCUAAGAGCCCCAAUGCACUGGCCCUGGCCCGCAGGCUACAGUGUGCCAAGAAGGACAUACAGCGCUCCACCCAGAAGGAGUGGUGGAGUCCACGCUGUCGCCGUGCCAACCCUGCUGCCCGCUACUCAUCUGACGAACUCUUUGCAAGCCCCGCCUCCUCUCCCUGCCCCUCACCUUCCCAUUCCCCAUGUCCCUCCCCCAGACACAGUAUCUCACAGACUCCGUUCAGGACCAAGCUGCAGCUGGUGGACCUGGCAGGGAGUGAGUGUGUUGGUAUGUCUGGAGUUUCAGGUGCCGCUCUGUGGGAGGUGUCCUGUAUAAACCGCAGCCUCUCUGCUCUGUCUGACGUGCUGGGAGCUCUGGCCGAACAGAGACCACAUGUCCCCUACAGGAACAGCAAACUGACUCAUCUACUGCAGGAUGCCAUAGGUGGCGAUGCCAAGUUGUUGGUGAUGCUGUGCGUGUCUCCCACGCAGCGCUUCAUCACUGAGUCUCUGCAGUCUCUGGGACUGGGCACGCGGGCCCGCCAGGUCCAGAAGGAGCUACCUCGAAGGAAGAAUAACACCCUCAAAGUUAAGUGACAAGACAGAGAAAGAUUUCAUCCUUUGCAAGUGCUGUGGCAGCGUUUAUCCUUUAACAGUCAUGGCAGCAGAGAACAGAUUUGAGGGUUUAAUGUGCAAACCUGCAAAUGUGUAAUUUUUAUUUUAUGGAGGAUCAGCUGUAUGACUGUAUCUGUGGGCCCCUGAAAGAUUGUCAAAUCAAAGUUCACAGCCUUAAACAACUGCAGUUAAUAGACUUAAUUUAUUACUGGUUUACUUGGUGCUGCAUACUCAUUUGUACUGAAAUCCUAAACUCUGCAAGAAGAAUAAUAACAAUGAUAAUAAUAAUAAUUUUCCUUAUUCUACAGAAGGUUUUAGUAGUAACUUUAAUCAGAAAAUAUGUUGGUUUUGUCAGCAUUGUUGCGAUAUUUCUGUUUUUAAAAUAGAUCUUGGUAGCACUAAAUGUCAUAAUAGGCUUCCUCUAACUGCAAAUACCCUGUAAUACACAUUCUUAAUGUGUAAUUAACCCUGGCAGUUAGUAAGAGGGCUGAAUAGCUUUAAAUGACAAUACAAUUACACACAGGUAGGAUUUUAAUAACAUAAUAACUUAAUUGACUAUGAAAUUACUAUAUUUAGUACUUUGUUUUCCACAGUUCCCUUUAAGUUUUAUCUACAUCAGUAUUAGUAUGCAGAUGAAUUCUGUAGUGAAUAGUGCUGUAUUGUAAAGCAAAGGUUUUUUGACUAAGGUAGUCUAUUUAUUUAUAUUUGCUGUAAAUCUUUUAAAUUCUCACUGCUCAUGCUAUGCCUUCUCUUUUUUAGUGUUUUGGUGCAGCGGUGUUUACAUAGUAUUUAUACACAUUUUCAUGUAUUCUGUAUCUGUGACCAUCACCUUUUGUUACAUAUUACAAAUCUUUCAAACGCCCUGAUAGAGUAGUCUAAAUAGAAAAUGGUGUCAAUAUUACUUUGAAAUAAACAGCUGAUAUGCAGAGAUGUAUGUCUUCAUGUAUCAGUCCAUUCCAUAAAUCCAGCUCUGGGGACUUUUCGGCAGUAAUUAAAAACUGUUUGAAUACAUUGUGCAGUCCCUCUGUGUGUACGCUGUCCCCUUAAAAUAAACAAUUCGUAUACAGUUCAUUGCUCAGUGAAGGCUUUCUACACAAACUACUUCUGGUUUUGGGAAUUAUUCCAAAGAGCUGCCUGACUCUGUGUAGAUUACAGCAGAGAGGAGCACAUACAAACACUUAGGGCAGCACAGUGUUAUUUUUAGCUUUUGUUUUACAGUAAAUUAUUAGGAGCAGCACACAGGUG